UGUUUUUCAAUUCAAAAAUCAACCCCAGAAGAUCCGCCAGAUUCUUGAUGAAAUCUGUCGGAUCUUGCUUUCCAAACUGUCAGAUUUCCUUGGUGGAUUUUUGUAUCCUUCUUGACCAUGAUGUGUGCCCCCUUUUAAAAUGUGCAUGCCACCCUCCUUCAUCUUCAUCACAUCACUUUUCACCCUUCUAUUCUUAUUCAUUUAUCUCUUCCUCCUUCUUUUUUUCUGUUAUUCUCCCUUGCUUCCUUUGUUUUUGGCUUGCAUUUUCAUAUCAGCAUAAAAAUCAUGGGUAUGGCUGCAGAAGCUCAGUUCCAUGUUCUGGCUGUUGAUGAUAGCCUUAUUGACAGAAUGUUGAUUGAGAGGCUCCUCAAAACCUCUUCCUUUCAUGUUACUGCUGUGGAUUCUGGUAGUAAGGCUUUGAAGUUUCUUGGUUUGGUUGAAGAGAAGAGAAAUGAGGAGCCUCCUCCCUGUAUUGCUCUAGAAUCCCAUCAGGAUGUAGAAGUAAACCUGAUCAUAACUGAUUACUGUAUGCCAGAAAUGACUGGCUAUGAUCUGCUGAGAAAGAUCAAGGAAUCUAAAUCUCUUAAAGACAUACCAGUGGUGAUUAUGUCCUCAGAGAAUGUCCCAGCAAGGAUUAACAGAUGCCUAGAAGAGGGAGCUGAUGAAUUCUUUCUGAAACCAGUUCAACAGUCAGAUGUAAACAAGCUGAGGCCACAUUUGAUGAAAUCAAAAGUUAAGGAUGGGGAAGACCAACAAAUCAGUAACAAAAGGAAAGAAACAGAAGAAAGCCAUUCCCCAGAUAAAACUAGGACAAAAAUGGAGCCUCAAAAAGUGGUUAAUUUCAGUUAAAAAUUGAUUAUAAUUGAUACAUCAUAGAUGUUCCCUAGAAAAUUUUCCUAUCCUCUGUCUCACCAACUAACUAGUGAGAAGAGUAGAUGGCAUCUCAAUCAUACUAAAGAAAUGUGUAGUAUAGGCCCCUGACAUUAAACAGAAUUUCAUUUCAAAUUCAAUUUUGUCUGACAUAUAAAUUAUAAAUUGUUUCA